AUUUUCAUUUCAAUAUCUCUAUUUGUAAAAAAUGACUUGAAACUAAAGUUAAGAUUCUGUAUGAAUGAAGUUAUAUUUUUGUAAUGAUAGAUGGUGUUACCCGUACUGAUUUUUGAACCAAUAGAUGUUUACGUUCAUGUCUAUAUGAUAUUCAGUAUUGUGCUUUUCGGACUCAAAAUAUUUAUUCAACAAAUGAAUGGGCACGUGAUUAGUGGCAAAGUGGAUAAAAAUCGUUCGAAAAAGUGCUGUAUCAAACGAAUUAACUCAUCAAGCCCAAAAAGUUACGCUAUACUACUUUAGUUUGCUUCUAUGACAUUAGAUGGCCACAUAUGGGUUUGCUGAAUAAACCAAGAAAACUCCCUUUUCCUAUUAUUGGGAGUUGAAUGAUUCCUCAACAGACAAGGAGUGCAAUAUUGAUGUAAACAAAAUUUAAUUCAGUCUAAAUGUAGCCUUUGAAUGUGAUCUACGAAAAUUAAAUCAAUUAUUUUUUUCUUAAUAAUAAACACAUUUUGUGCUAAACUUUCAUUUUUCUACCCACCUAAAUGAAUAAAAUUCAAGUAAAAAUGAAAUAUCGGAAAAUGUAACAAAAAGAAACUUCAAUAAAAUGACUGAAUUAGUCGUGAUGAUAAUUUCAAAUUGGAAACUUGAGAAGGUUGAAUUUUUCUCAUUUUUUCCUAAAAAUAAUCACAUCGGAUUAAGUUUUAUCAAGUUUAAUUGUUCAAUCACAACACGAGGAGUUUACUUGAAAAAAUAAACACAUUCUUUUUGCUUUCACUCGGAUUCAAGUUUACAAGUUUUCUCAUUUAGCUGAUUGUUUACACUUGAAUAAGCUAUGGAAUCAACUCCUUAUAGUCAUGUUUACUGUGUUGAUAAACAGAGUAUUAAUGUUUUCCAAGAUGAUGAGAAACCAAGCAAAGGUUUGGAUGAUUUUUGUGACAAAUCAUAUUACAUUGGAUUGGAAAAUAUAUUUCAAGAAAAUGUACCAACAAAUAGUCCACAGCAGCAACAACAAGUAUACCAACAAAAUGUUCAAGAAACGCAACUUUCUCAAGGAUUUAAUUGUGACUUAUUUCCAUCAAUCAAUCCAUCGGAAAUGUCAAGCUCAACCUCAACACUGCCCUUACAAGGAACCACAACUAAAUCAAUUUUGGCAACACCAACCUUCGGUUAUCAGACCAAUUCAUCAUCAACCGAAGAUUCAGUGCUUUCAAUGUGUUCAAUGUGCAACCAGCAACCUUACAAACCAGGCACAAUUUAUGAUACAACAUCCAUCCAAGAAAUUCACGUUUCAAAUUUACCAGUAUGCGACUAUUAUCCUCCCUCAUCAACGCUUCACUCUAACCCUCAUCCAGCCCAUCAUCACCAUCACCAUCCACAUCCAAGUCCACAUUAUUCCGCAGUCCAUCAUGCUCACCAUUCCCAUCCGCAAUUGAAAGCAGUUUCCCUUCAAAGUCAACCUCAGUCUCCGUCAGCCAUUCACAUAACCCAAGUCCAGCAUGGAGACGCUUCUCCCUACCUAACAAGGUCCAAGUCAGUGCAGUCAAGUGAGAGUCUCAAGUCACCUUCAGUUCAACCUCAAGCCUCUUUGCUUACACGAUGCCGUAAAGUGUUGUCAAAUUAUCUUCCCUUUAUCAUUGUUACAUCAAUAUUGUCUGUUGCAGUUGCCCUUUUAAUUUCAGCGUCAAUUAUCUAUUUUCAAAUUCCAACUGGUUACAAAGAGUACAUCUGUGAAAGAGUUAAUUGUAGUCAUCAAUCAACUUGUAUUAAAGAUGAUUAUUCAGGAGAAGAAAAGUGUAUUUGCCAAGAAGAUUGUCCAUUGGAUGGUGGUAUUAGUGUUUGUGGAACCGAUGGAUUAACUUAUCAAAAUGAGUGUCUACUCAACCUUAAUGCAUGUAAAAAGAAUGUUGCUAUUUUGGUUGCUUACCAUGAUACCUGUGAUGUUUGUAAACACGUUCACUGUAAAUAUGGAGCCAUCUGUGAAAAGGGUUCAUGCAUUUGCCCAACCGAUUGUCCAACUUCAUUCGAGCCAGUGUGCUCUUCAGAGGGAACAACAUAUACCAAUGAGUGUCACCUAAGACACUCUAUGUGUUCAACUGGGAUAACAUUGACAGUAGCCUACUACGGUGAAUGUCAAGAUGUGAGAGGUUCUGAAACAAGUGAGCUUAUUGGAGGUGCUGGUUAUAUACAAACUUGUGAUCCAAAUACAUGCCUUUAUGGAGGUACCUGUGAUUAUGAUAAAAAUGGUGUGCCUCAAUGCCUUUGCUCUUAUUCAUGUCCGUCCCAAGAGUCUGAUGAAGAUCCCGUCUGUGGUAGUGAUGGUCGUCUUUACGAGAAUGAGUGUAAACUUCAAGAAGAAGCCUGUCGUCGUCAGCAGGAUAUCAAACCUGAAAAUCGUUCCAUGUGUGAAGAGAGUAAAAUAGUUCCGUGUAAUGGUGAAGAGGAACCGUUGCCUGGUCCACAAUUUACUUGCUCACAAAAUGAUUCAAGUACAAACUCGGACUGUCCGAAAGACAGUUAUUGCCAUCGGACGCACAAUUUUGGAAAAUGUUGUCCAAACAAAACCAACCUCGGAACCGUGAUAAACUGUACCUUAACCGAGUUUGGUUGUUGUCCCGAUGGUUUGACUCCAGCUCCAGGAGCUCAUGAUGCUGGUUGUCCUUCCCUCUGUAACUGCAAUCGUUUUGGUUCUUAUGCAUUAACCUGUGAUCCAAAUACCUACCAGUGUCACUGUAAACCUGGUGUUGGAGGCCUUCAAUGUGAUCGAUGUGAAGCCGGUUUCUGGGGUUUGCACAAAAUCUCUGAAGGAAAUGCUGGCUGUAUUCCUUGUUCGUGUAACAUGAAUGGUUCUGUUCGUGAUGAUUGUGAACAAAUGACUGGCAGAUGCAUCUGUAAACAUGGACUUCAGGGUAUGAAGUGCAACGUUUGUCCAAAAGAUUCUGUUCUAACUCCAGAUGGAUGUGCUGAUGUUUCGUUGAUCAAAAUUUACAACUCAACUUGCAAUGAAAUUGAGUGUAAAUUUGGUGCCACAUGUCGCAACGUGUCAACCAGUGAAGUUCAAUGUUUUUGCGACAUGAAAUGUCAACAAGAUGUGACUCGUAAACGCUUGGCUGGGAGUGGAUCAGAGCGAGUUUGUGCCUCGGAUGGAACCACAUAUCCUUCAGAGUGUGGACUGCAUCUGUAUGCAUGUAGGAUGCAGAAGAACUUGACCGUCCUCUAUCAAGGUGAAUGCACUGUUGGUCCAACUUCGACCAUGAAUGAUAACCAGUCGAUAUACUAUGGCGACCAUUACAGUAAAACAUCAUUGACAUCAUCUUCUGUGCCACUCUCAACUCUUCACUCUUUUGCCUCGUUUACCUCUUCUGCCUCUUCAACAAUGACAACCACUUCUCUCUCCUCUCCAACCACACUAUCAUUAUCAUCAACCUUGCCUUUGCUCUCCACUUCAACAAGCCCGGUUGACAAUACAUUUACACUGAGCCCGUUAAAGCGAUCAACAGUUUACAAGACAACUUUUCAAGAUUCAAGUUCAUCAAGCUAUUCAGAGAAACCAUCUUCAGAAUCAAGUGGAUCAACAUCCAAUGAGACUGAAGUUUCAAGCACUUGGCCAACAUUUUUCCUUCUCGACAACAAUACAGAAGUAAAGGCAACCACUUUAACUAAACCCAUUUCGAUUCCAUCCUUUUUCGGUCAAUCGUCCAUUGAAAUGCCUCGACUUAAUGCCUACACUCGACUGUCCAUUGAAAUGGAAUUUUUAACUUUUUCUGAAAAUGGAUUGCUCAUUUAUAAUGGACAGACAGCCAAUGGCGAAGGAGAUUUUGUUUCAAUUUCAAUCAAAGGAGGUUACAUUGAAUUUCGUUACAAUCUUGGCUCUGGAAUGGUUAUACUUCGUUCAUUGGAAAAGAUAUCGACUCGUGAACGAAUCAAACUGGUUGCCAAACGCUACCUAAGAGAUGGACUGUUGACGGUUGAUAAACAGCGAGAUGUUGCUGGUUCAGCUGAAGGUGACUUGAAGAAUCUGGAUUUGGCUGAGAAUCUAUUCAUUGGCCAUGUAACGGCCAGCAAUUCGAGCAAAAUUUAUGACAACAUUGGUAUAACAAAGGGUUUUAUUGGUUGCCUUUAUUCAAUGAGAAUUGGACGCAAUCCAAUUAACCUAACUUAUCCUGGUUCCAAUGAUAUUCUCAGGAUGAUCAAUGUUAUCGAUUGCAGUGAGCUUCCAUGUUUCUCUGAUAACAGUGAAUCCUGUUCAUCUCCUUCUUCAGGCUCAUCCUCAUUCUCAUCUGGAUAAUACAAAAUGAUCAUCAAUGGAUGAUGAUGAUACACACAAAGAAGCAACUAAAUAGUCGACCAACAUAGACUGCUAGGCUUACCAAGUAAACUUUGCCCAUUUCACUGUAAAUCUUUUUUCUCAACUGGAUUGUGGGUUGAGAAGUGGAGGGAAAAAGUUUUACCAAGGAAAACAAAGGUUGGACCAUCCAGGGAAGAGAAAAGGUAAUCAAUCAAAUCCUAAAGAGAUGUACCACGUUUCCGCCUUGUUCAGUAAUAAUAUCAAGUUUCGUACAACUGGUUGAACCGAUGAAGAACAAAAAGUGAAAUUGAAGCAAAAGCAUUUUGUGACAAUGAAAAUGAUUCAAUGACUUCAAUGGCUAAUCAGGGAACAGAUGAAAACAGUGUUGUCUCGAUGGAGUAAAGUUUAACCAAAAGGAGAAGAUAAAACUUGUGAAAGCUUUUCCUAUUCAAUCGAUAAUAAUGACGAUUAGGAACAGGAAUUAACAGAUAAUCAGGAAGGAAAUUGUUGAAAUGACAAACAAAAAACACUGAGAUUUUUUGUUCAUUCAACAUCGUCCGAAUCGUAAUCAAUCGGAAUUCUCCCAAUCAACGAUCGAAUUUGGUUUUGAUGCAACAAUUUUCUUCGCCCAAAUUAAUUAUCGAAACUUGUUGACAAGAACUUUUCCAUUUCCAGAGUUUUUCAUGUUCAUCAUGAAAGAAUCAUUAGAAGAUGCAAAAGAAACGGACAUGAUAAACAGUUGAUUCAGUUUUUCCAUCGUUUUUGUUCUCAGUUCUCAUCAAUUGUUGCUUUUUGUUUUCUUUCAUUUCUUCAUUUUCCUUUCAAUAUUUAUCAACUUAUUUUGCUUUUACUUUUGGUUUACCUUUCUUCUUUUCUUCCCUUUCACCUGAUAUUAACAGGUAAAAUUGAAACUUGAGCCAACUUCGAUUUUCUCGGUUUUCUUCUUUUUCUUUCUCUUCUUAUUCCUUUGAUUAAAUUGUCCUCAGGCUGUUGUAUUUGGUCAUUCAGUGGAUAAAAUGAUGGAUAACAUUAGCACAUAACUGAUGAAAUUGCAAGACAAAUGUUGCUGGUCAAAUUGGUAAAUGAAGGAAACUGUAAAAGUCAAAAUGUUAAAUCCAUCAUUUCCCUUGAUUGGUUAUUUAAUAAAAUUUAUUUUCAUUUCUCA